AUGCGCUUAGUUGAUAAAGAAAGAAUAUUUUUUAUCCCGCAUCAUGCUGUAGUUAAACAGGAAAACGGUAACAUGAAAAUUUGGGUAGUCUUUGAUGCGUCAGCCAAGUCGUCAUCUUUGUUGUCACUUAAUGACUGCUUGGCAACCGGUCCAAAAUUGCAGAGUGAUAUUACUGACAUACUACUUCUAAGCCGUUUUAUCGAGUAUUUAUGUAUUGUCAACAUCGAGAAGAUGUACAGGCAGCCCCAAGUCAAUGACGCACAUUGUGUAUCCCAACAUAAACUUUGGAGAAAAUUGCAUAAUGAAGAGGUCCAAGAAUACGAAUUAUGUACUGCUACUUAUGGUGUCAAUGCAGCUCCGUUUUAG